AUGGAGAACGACUUGGAGAAGGUCCUGCGGCUGAUGCUGGUGCAUCAAGAGCAGUUCCAUCCCGCGCAAGCGUUAGUACCCAGCGUCUCCCCAACCAAGGGCCCCGACAUUGACGAAGAUCCGACAAGAUGCCUCACCGUGCUGCGGAAAGCGCGCAAAAUGCUACCCAAAGUGAUGAAGGAGAUCUCGUCCUCUGUGCCGAAUCCAAAGGUGCUGGACACAUUGUGUACGCUGCUGUCGCUGUUCCUCAGUAGCGACGUGUGUCCAUUCUCCCCGUCUGUGUUCAGCUCAAACGCCGGCGUGAUCUUGUUCUACAUGGUGCGGUUCCUCGCCACGCCAGAGUACGCAUCGCUCCACCAGAAAGUGUUUGAUGUGUGCACGACACUGGCGCUCUUGUUGCUCGAAAGUGACUUCAACGGAUACGUCCACAUCUAUUGCGACCUUGUCGACCUGCUCGAGGACCUGCAGGUGUUGGAAAGGCACACGUCGUGGCGGCCAUCCGAAGCGAUCACAGUGCACUGCUUCCUUGUAUCUGGGGCGCAUCUUGGACGAGACACCGCGCACAUGCAGAGCGGACUGCGUCUGUGCUGCCAGCGCGAGGAGUUGGACCCGCAUCAUGCGCAACUCGUGUUCGACAUGGGAAAGAAGACCGUGCCUCCAUUGACCUUCACGGCCGCUGCCACGGUCCGCCUCUUCAGCGUGUGGAUGUGGCGCUUCCUCAACAAGGUCGUUGGGUACGCGGCUACGUUCCUCUCCCACCACCCGACCAUGGCGCAGCUCUGCGUACUCGUGGGCUCGUUGUUGGACGCCGCCACCAAGCCAGCGACGGAUGUCGACGGUGCUGUGUUGGAGCUCUUGAAGCUUCUGUUCACGCAGGUGGCUCUGACAGACUUCUCGUUGAUUCAUCUGUCCACGUCGUUCUUCGCUUAUGCAACUCUACCACACCAUUCCACAGAAUCCACGUCCAACUUGCUGGAAAGCAUCGCAGCGACCGCCGUUUCACGGUCCCGCGCGCUGUCAACGGCGUUGUGGCCAUCGUUCCAAACGUUUGCUACAUCAAAGCGCACAGACGUGUCGUUGUGUGGGGUCAUCUGCAACACGUUACGGACGUUUCUCAAACACCACGAAAACAACUUGCAUCGAUGUGUGACACUGUUGCUGGACCUUGUCCUUCAUUGCGACCUCCAUCACGUACAUGUGCAGCGAGCCGUUGGUACGGCCAUCCAAAGCGCAUUGGACGCCCACAUCAACAACAUGUGGCGGCACGCGCGCGCCGCGAUUGGGCAAUUCCACUCCGAGUACGUCGCUGUUCCCCCGACACACAAGCGGCAAAAGGUGGUGGCCGAGUACGCGUCGUCGAUAUCCACAAUCAGCUUUGAAGAGAUUGCAAAGGUGAUGCUGGCGACGCCGCCCGUGGAUUCCUUUCAGUCGUUGGUUCUGCUGGUGCUGGCCAUGGCGUACGACAACACGCUAGCUGCCACGGGCCUUGGGAUCCUCCUUCCGCUUCGACGUACCACCCCAAGCCACCCACGGACACAGGACGAAGGCGACGUCAGCCGGAUGCUGCUCGACCGCCUGCGCACGUUGCUGCAGCAAACCCCAAGCAGCAGCAGCAGCAGUACCAAUCCAUCGUCAUCCGUGCGUCUGAUUGGUCUCGCGCUACGAUAUGCCACCGACGACGAAUUGACAGCCCUCCCCGUCAUGUCGACGUUGCUCCACGUUCAAAAAUAUGCUGACGUCGCAAAUGUACCUUCCCGCGGUUGGUCCUGCCCAGAUACGACGGACCACCAUGCCGUCGAGCUGUGGAUGGCUACGGCGCCCCCGUUGGACCAGUUCUUGAUGGUGCUGUGCUGGGUGUACACGCGCCACGACCCCCUCGCUUUAGUGCGCGACUCGCCAUGGAGAACGUCCUUGUCUGGCCGUGUCUUUGUGGACUUGGUGGCAAAGCAGCAGCCCACGGCCGUUCGUUUUGCCCCGAUCUGGAUGUCGUCCGUGGUGCGGGCGGGGGCGGCCACCGCCCUUGACAUGUGGAACACACUUGCGGACCUGUUGCUUCCGAUGGCCACGUCAGCCCGCCCGGCCAUCGCGUGUGCCGUCGUUGCGACGCUGGGGCAUCUGUGUUGCACCUUGUCACAGUUAAGCGACGAGGAGCCCAUUCCGUCGUCGUCGUCGUAUGUGGCAUUGGGGGUCGGAGGCGGCGACCGGUACGAAUGUUUGUGUCGCAAACCCAAUCGACUCAACCCGCCGCUGCCGCGCACUCACGACGUAGCGGCCGUUCUGGAAUCCCUUAUCGGGUCUUCGUCGACGGAUGCAACUGUUGUCCAUCAAACUCUGUUGACCAUGGCAGCAUGGAUCAAGCACUCCACGGACCUCCCGCCGUCGGUCGUGUGGCGAUUCGCCGAAGCCGUCGGACACCCCGAUCCAAUCUGCCAACGCGCGGUGGAGACCCACAUUGGCGUCAUAGCCCCGCUGGUGCCGUCGAGUAGCCAGCUGCUGAGUCUGUUUGACGUCAAACUCGGCAGCACGCCGCGCCUGGCAGCCGCCGCAGUCCGCGCCAUGGCUACCCUAGGCAGGCAUUGCGACUUGCAAUCAAAGGGGGAGCUGGACCUCUUCUUCGCCCUCGUCUUUCGACUGGUGGGUGUGUGGAAGGACUCCAAGACAACGACAAGUGCGGGCCUCCACCAGAUCAUGACCCAUUUGACGUGGAAGCAGUUGUGCGUGCAGUAUCCGGAUCGGGUGCACGUGCCGCUGGUCGAGUCACUGGUCGUGCCUGGCGCGAACUCGCAUCUGCUGCAAGCGUUUCUAGCGGCGUUUAUCGGGCCGGACGUGACCGUGGCUUUGUAUUUGAAGGAGAACGCGGCGCACAUUUUGCCCCAUCUGAUUGUAACCAAGAAUUCGGCGCUGUUGCAAACCGUGGCGGCGGCGUGCGGGGCCACGGUGGCGUCGUUGGUGGGCGAGCACAUCCUGGCCAUCGUCAAGGAAAUGCUGCUGCAAAAAGUCACGUCGUUCAACAACGUGGCCGAGUGGGAGUUUUUCUUUGGGUUUAUCCCGCACGACGUGGGCAUCCGCGACGUGAUUCAGCACAAACCGCUCACAAUCAUCUACGCGCUGGCGUGGGAACUGGCCGGCGACCGGCCCAAAGUCGCCAAGAAGUCGUUCAUAGAAGUAUGCAAGCAGUUUCUCGACGACGAAGACCACCACAUGGACACGUUUCACAUUUCCCAGCAGUUCUUUCUGGCCGUGAUGACAUUCCUUGGCCAAAAGCUGCUCUCCAAGAACGUCCGCAUCAGCAUCCAAGCGAUCCAGUGCACCGAAGUGCUGCUGUCUCUGUUCGACACAGUCGGCGCCCUCGACAACUUUGUGCCCAAGAUCAUGGCAACGUUGAAACUGGCGUCUGUGGAAGCCCACGCCGACAAGAUUCUCGCCGCGUGCCGGGCAUGGCGUACGUUUGUGCGGCUGCUAAGCCCGGACGCGAUCAAAGCCAACGUGCUGUCGAUCGUUGUCAGCUUGUUGCCGUGCGUUGGUCCGUUGACCGAGCUAUUUCAACGGCAUGUGGUGGAGGGUCCAGAGACCACGAUUCACACUAACAAGAUGACACGAACGCCGCCGCUUUCAGAGGCGCAGCAAGUGGCGCUGGACGUGCUGCGCUCGAUCUUUACCAGCGAAAUGAUCGACGACGACCCGUCGGUGACGUUUGUGCUGGCGCUGACUCCCAUGGCCAACGACUUCCCCGUGCAAACAAUCAAACACUUGCCCAUCCACGAAGUAUUGGCUCUUGUGCUUCCGCUCCUGCAGCACUGGGACGGAGCGGUGCGGGAAGUGGGGCUGCUGCAUUUGAUCCACAUCCUCAACAGUCGAAGUCGCGAAGUGCUCGACUUGGUCUUGUCCCUCGAAGAAGGCGUCGUGCAUACUUGCAUCAUGGGCAUUUUGAAGCAACUGCUGCGCCUGAGUCGACUGGAAACCCAAGAGAACAUGCAAAUCUUGGUUGCCCAAGCACUCGGCGCGCUCGGGGCCAUCGACAUGGCUCGGAUCACCCCCCAAGCACUGCGCCCCAUCACAACCAAUGAAUUGAGCACCAAGAACCUGGCGUGCCAUUUGAUUCAAACCCUCCUUGUCAACGAACUACGCGCCGCCCCUCAAAACACGGACGUGAUCGCGCUGUCCAUCCAGCAGCUGCUUCAGUUCCUCGCGCAGCUCAAUGCGCCAGACAGCAGCAGUUCAUCGACCGCCGCCAGUUCGUCGGGGGUGUUGUUUGUCCCGUCGUCGUCGUCGAUGCCCGAGUGGAUGCAGCGCCAGUUCCACAGCAAAGGCGUCGACAAGAUCAUCGCCCCGUACUGGUCGACCAAGUACCAGGCGCCGAAUUUCAAGCCCACGACCAUGCCGCCAUCGUCCACGUUCUACGAAGCGCUCGGUUCCGUCGCAUUUGACCAGUGGCUCGUGUCGUGGUGCAAGUUUCUCAUCGAUCACUCGACGUUUCCUGAGCGCCACAUCUUCCUUGCGUGUCGCCGCGCGCUGACGAUUUCGCUGGAAAUAGCUCGGUUCUUGCUGCCGUACCUGGUGCAAAACGUGCUCAAGCAGUCGGCGUCGUACCACCUCGUCAAGCAGGAGAUUCUGAGUGUGCUGCAGGAAGACAGCAGCGUCGACAGCGAGGCGUCCACCGUGUCUAGCCAUCACCACCAGUGCGCGCAAACAGUGUUUUCCAUGCUGGACGAGCUCAACGACUGGGUAUGGGCGAGUCAGCGCAAGAAAAUCGCGCUGAGCCAGCAGCCCCACAUGGCUAAACACAUGGACGAACUGUUCGACCAGGAAAAGGAGGUUGUCGAGGAAUUCCUCAAAGAUAUCCCGUUGUCGCUGCUGUCGUCCGCGGCAUUCAAGAUCAAGGCGUAUGCUCGAGCGAUCCAGUACUUUGAGAGCCACUUGCGCCAACAAGGCAACAACGUGCAGAUGACGUCGACGGAUAUCACCAAGAUGCAGAAAAUGUACGGCAGUCUCGACGAGCCGGAUGCGUUGCUGGGGCUGGCAACGCAACGGCGGUGGCUUCAUCCCCACCCCACGGGGUCGUUCCAGGAGCUGCAGCAUUUGAUCGCCGAACACAAACAUUUGGCUCGAUGGGAAGACGCGCUGGCGUGCUAUGAACAAGCCAUCCAUCACAUGCACGGGUCGGACGUUGAGGUGGAAAUCCGCAGCGAACUGUACGCCGGGGUCAUUCAGUGCAUGAUUCAACUCGGGCGACUCGAAGGCGCGCUGCAGCACGUCCGGGGUAUCGUGAACCAGUACCCCGAGGUCAUUCCGGCCGUGUACCCGUGCGCGUUGGAGUGUGCGUGGCGGCUCUCACGAUGGGAUCUCUUGACUGAGCUCACGACGGACGCGAUGAAGGUCAAGUUGGACAAAAGCGAGGACAUGAUGGGCAUCAAGUUUGCCAAAACCAUCUUGUGCUUUCACCAAAACCAGCUCAACAUGCACGUGCACUUGCGCGAGGCGCGGGCGUCCAUCAUGGGGCCGUUGGCCGCGGCGUCGCAGGAAUCGUACCAGCGCGUGUACCCGCUGCUGCACCAAUUGCACUUUUUGCAUGAACUGGAGCAAGGGUAUCUCGUGUCCAAAGCGUCGGCCAACAAGACGGCCAUUUGGAAUGCCCAAUGUCCUUGGAACCGUCGGGAUGCCAUGAUGGCGCCAGCGUUAAAGUUCCAGGAACCCAUCUUGGCCCUUCGCCGCGUCAUGAUGGAAGAUCUGCACUUAGAUCGGAGCAUUGUGUCGGCCAACUGGUUGCAAUACGGAAAGAUGGCGCGAAAGGAAGGGCUUCUUCGCACCGCCGAGAGCGCCGUGAUGCACGCACAAGCGUUGGGGAACCGCCACGCCAUCAUCGAACAAGCCAAGUUGCUCGUCGAGCGCGGCAACAUGUACGAGGCGCUGCAUGUGCUGGAGCCGAUUCCCAUCGACGUGAGUACGAUCAUGGACCCUCGGUCCUCGGACAAUCACUUUGACGCCAAGAUGCUGCUCCUGGCAACAAACUACAUGCAACAGUCGAGCCAAAAGCAAGGCCAGCACGUGAUCGAUCGGUACAAAGCCGUGAUUGCAUUCGAUAAGGACUACGCCAAGGGGUACUUUUGCCUGGCAAAGUACUUUGAAGUGCUGCUAGCCAACGACCGCCGCGAAGGGGAAGACGCGAGCGGGGAGCCGUACGCGUACCUGCCCCACGUCCUGCACAACUACGUGUUGUCGUUGAAAGGCACAGACAAGUAUUUGUUUCAGUCGUUGCCGCGGCUAUUGACGUUGUGGUACGAGUUUGGUGAGAUCUUGCAAGCCAGCCAGUCCACCAAGCGCAGCUACCGCCUCGACAUUCCAUCGUCAUCCGAACACCACUAUGGGUUGAUGCAAGACAUUUCGAAGAUCAUCUUGGACGCGCUGCACAGUUUGCCUGAAAGCAUGUGGCUCGUGUGCUUUCCUCAAGUCACGUCGCGGAUCUGCCAUCCGAACGUGGCGGUCGUCGACGGCGUCAAAGCGAUCAUGGUGCGGGUGCUCAUGGCGUUCCCGCAGCGAGCCAUGUGGUACGUGCUGGGGCUGGCGCAGUCGCUCAAUAUGCAGCGCAAGACGCGGGCAAUUGAGAUCCUCAAAGUCGCCCAGAAGCAACUCACAAACUCCAACCAAGUGGAUAUGGCCAACGCGCUGAGCGAAGGCAUGCGGCUCGUGGAAGAGCUGAUCAAACUGGCCGAGUUUGACCCGGGGAACCAAAAGAAGAUGCCUGUCCGACUCUCGCGGGUACGGGCCAAGGUGCUACUCCCGAUUCAAAGCAGCAUCAACAGACGCGACCUGCCCGAAAGCGACGUGUACAUCAAGUCAUUUGGGGACAAGGCCGACGUGAUGCUGACGAAAGAAAAGCCCAAGCGCAUCCAGGUCCAGGGCACGGACGGCAAGACGUACUCGUUCCUGUGUAAGCGCGAAAAGCACGGCGACUUGCGCAAAGAUGCGCGUAUGAUGGAGUUCAAUGCGCUCAUGAACAAGCUGCUUCAACGAGAGACGGAUGGCCGCAAGCGAAAGCUCCGCCUUCGAACGUACGCCGUGAUCUGCUUGAACGAAGAAAGCGGGCUCAUGGAGUGGGUACCCAACACCCGCGCGAUGCGGCACUUGAUAUCGCAGAUUUACAAGACCGAACAGGGCUUCCUCCAGCCCGUGCGCCUCACCACGGACAUCAAAGACACUUUUCUGAACAUGCAAAAGCAGUACGCGCACGACAUUCCCCACAUGACUCUGGUGUACCGCACCAAGAUACUGACCCAUCUCGCCUUUACCCCUCGGUUUCACCAGUGGUUCCUCAACAACUUUAGCGAUCCCACAGCCUGGUACGAAGCACGAGAUCUUUUCGUGCGGUCGGCCGCGGUAUGGUCAAUGGUGGGGCACAUUGUCGGGCUGGGCGACCGGCACGGCGAGAACAUUUUGAUCGACUGCACCACAGGCGAGUGCGUCCACGUGGAUUUUGACUGCCUCUUCGACAAGGGACUCAAACUGGCGCGCCCGGAGAUCGUCCCAUUCCGACUCACGCCCAACAUGAUCGACGCGUUCGGGUUGAGUGGCGUCGAAGGCGUGUACAGACACACGUGCGAAGUGACGCUGACGCUGCUGCGGCAGAACCGGGAGACGCUGCGCAGCAUCUUGGAGUCGUUUGUGCACGAUCCGCUGGUCGAGUGGGGACGCAGCAAGAGCAAGCAAAGCACGACUGGCGCCGCCACGCUCAAAGCUGUGCCCGCCAACCACGAGCAAGUCAACAGCGAAGCCAAGAUCAUGCUCAAAACCAUCGACGAACGGCUGAGGGGUAUUUGGAACUUGGGCAAAAAGCAGCAGCACGAAACGCUGCCCUUGAGUGUCAAAGGCCAAGUCGACCGGCUCAUCUCGGAAGCCACGUCCGACGAAAACUUGGCGCAAAUGUACAUUGGAUGGAUGCCGUUCCUGUAAUGUCCGAUACUAGUAUUUAUUGAUAAGAUCUACAAAGAACGACGACGCAAAGCAUAGGGCUAACUAAACUCGCACCACCAUGACAUUCAAAUUGGACGAGUGAAAAUUCAGAGCCAGGGGAAAAGAAGGUAUAUUGAAAUCAAUUUUGG